CUCAAUUGAAAAAUCCAUGGCUCAGCUUUCUUGAACGCUAACCACCAUCACUGCUCAUAAUUCUGAUCUGAAACGGAGAAUCAGGUUCUGAAUCUGGUCACGCCAUCGUAUUCCUACUGAAUAGGUAGAUACUGCAUCACCCCAUCGUUCACAGCAAACGGUGGUCAACCCAUUCGGCCUCUAUUAAAGCAUCAAGACCAGCAAAAACAUGAGUCGUUCCGCAAUCAAUCUCAUCCGGGUUGCCCGCCGUGGCUUGCUUCACAAUGCUGCCAUUGCUCAGCGGGCACCCCUUGUGCCUGCUGCAGUCCCUGCCCUGAGGAAGGUCAACUCUGGCCCCGCCAACUUGUACAGAUCGGUUGCCACCGCCACUGCCAGUCGGAGGAAGGGUAUUCAGCCAGAUUCGGAGACGCCGGAGCCAACAGAGCCAGUUCAAUCAACCUAUGUCCCAAAGACACCGGCUCCGCUUGAGGAAUCGGAAUAUCACGAUAUUGCGGAUGAGUAUCUCGACGUUGUCUUGAGCAAGCUCGAGGAUGUUGCAGAGCAGCGCCCUGAUGUCGAUGUUGAGUACUCGUCUGGCGUCCUGACGCUGACAUUCCCGCCGCUGGGAACCUAUGUGAUCAACAAGCAACCGCCCAACAAGCAGAUCUGGCUGUCAUCACCCGUCUCCGGCCCCAAGAGGUACGACUAUGUCAUCAUCGGCGAUGGACAGAACCAGAAAGAGGGCACCGGUUUGGGUGACUGGGUCUAUCUUAGGGAUGGAUCCACACUCAGUGGACUGCUCAUGGAGGAGCUGAACGUCGAUGUUAUCACCCCUUAGUAAUUAGUGGUAGCUAGGGAUUCUGGAGGUUCCGCCAUUGUACAGUAUGUAAGCAUAUGAUCAGCAGUUGAAAGGCAGCAGGCUUCAAGUCACCGAAUGCAGAUAUUGUUUUGGGAGCAGGAAACACAGGACACGUUGUAUGCAUGGGAUUCAACGUAUUUUCAUGGUAUCUACGGAAACAUGGACUAGAUAGGCCGCAAGGUUCUGUUAUCUGUGAAUGGUUGCGAGGCCAGCAAAUAGCAAACGCCGCAGAUGACAUGGAAGCUAAGCAGUCAAACUUCCAAGCCGUUUUAGAUCACGGUCGUUAGGUGGUUAAAAACCAAACGAGGCUGC